CGCCCGCCGCACCUCCGCCGCACCCCCGCCGAAGAUCCGCGUCCCUCCGCGCGCGCCGCCGCCCUCCCGCCGUGGUCUUCUCCGCCGUUUUUCGCCGAUGGCUUCGGAGGAUGUGCACAUGGCGGAUUUGGACGCGACGUCGACCGAUUGGUCCUCGUCGGAUUCCGAUGAUUCGGACAUCGACGAGUUGCUCAACGACGACGAGACGGAGAUGAUGCUGCUCCUGUUCGGCUUGAAGCAAACGGAGGACCGCAUGAAGCUGCUGGAUCAGCGGAAAGGAUCCGUGAUGGGGCGUAUGUGCAUUCCGUGGAACCGCGCGCUCGGCCACGAACAGCUGAUGCAAGAUUAUUUCGCCGAGGUACCGACCUAUCCUCCCCGCCUCUUCCGUAGAUGGUACCGAAUGUGUAGGUCUUUGUUCGAGAGAAUCGUCAAAGAUUGCGAGGCAAAUUGCGAUUAUUUCAAGCAAAGAAGAAAUGCUGCCCAAGUCAUGGGAUUUAGCCCAUAUCAAAAAAUUUCUGCCGCCAUGAGGGUUAUUGCAUACGGUAUACCAGCAGAUUAUACUGAUGAGUACCUUCGCAUUGGUGUGCAAACAACCACGGAUUGCGUGCGUAUGUUUGCCAAGAUGGUGAUCAAGUUGUAUGGAGAGACGUAUCUCCGAGCUCCAAAUGAGGAUGAUACAAAAAGGGUCAUGGAGAUCAAUGAAAAGAGGGGGUGGCCGGGGAUGCUUGAUGGUAUUUACCCUAACUAUGCAACCCUUGUCAAGUCCAUAAAAGAGGAAACGGAUAAGGCUUUGACAAGAAAGGAAGCUUGCUUCACCAAAAAUCAAGAGGCAUGCCGCAAGGAUAUUGAGAGAGCUUUUCGUGUCUUGCAAGCAAAGUUUGCAAUUGUCCGGGGUUCUGCUAGGUUUUGGGACAAGGAAACUCUUGUUGAUGUCAUGACAUGUUGUGUGAUUCUUCACAACAUGAUCAUUGAAGAUGAAAGAGGUUUGAACUUGCUAUGUUUCUAUGACAAUGUUGGCACCCGAGUGCAGCCCGAGAGGAACCCUGAUCGGAUUGAAGCUUUUCUUGCAGCUCAUCGAGGCAUUGAAAAUGCUGAGACUCAUCACCAGCUCACCCAAGAUCUGAUUGAUCACCAUUGGCAGUUGCAUGGCCAAUGA